ACUCAAGUUCUAGCUUAAAAAAGUUUAGCUUAACUAACUUAGCUUAAUUGCAAUGGGUGGAAUCAGAAGCCAAGUGAAGUCUGCUUUUGAGUCUGCAAUUGACAGAUCAAGGUCUUAAAAUUGCCAACAUAUCCUGAGCAUUGCCAAUCUAAACGGACUCUCCAAAUCAACUACCCAAUUCAUAGCUAAUCUUGCCUCGGACCAUGAAUCCGGAUUUAAUCAAACGCAUGUGGACAGGAAAUAAUAGCAAAAUUAAUUAAUAGGAUCAGGACAUAUUUAAUAUGCAUUAUGGAAGCAGUAAGUGACUAGUUUUUGAUUCGAUGGGAACCGGUUAUCAUAAAGCGUAAGAUAAACCACGUGACCCCAUACGACUGUUUACCUAGCAUACUGGCUGAUUGUUGCAGUCAAUCAAAAUCAGUGUCCGGAUAUGAUAGAUAGAUACGUAAAUAUUUAUUGAUUGGAGCUUUAAAAUGGAAGUAGUAAUAGCUGUUGUGUCUAGCCUUCCCGAUUCGAAUGAAAGCUCAUCACAGUCUACGAAAAAUUUCAUACGAAAACUAAAGAAUAUUCGUGCAGAUUUAGUCGACAAGAUGGGUUACAGUAAAGACGAACUGGUACCACCAGCAUGGAUUGAUAGUGAUUAUCUGAAACGAGUCUUGGAAACCGAUUUGAAAGAGACAAUCCAGAUAAAGAGCUACACAAUUUGCCCGGCUGCGAGUGCCACUGAUCACUUUACCAGUUUGAUAUUUCGCACUCGUAUCACAUAUUCUUCUGACUCGCUGGAUAAUGGUGAUAUAUCUCUAAUUAUAAAAACGUUGCCCACAGAGGAUGGACUGAAGAAAGAUAUAGCUGAGUGCUACGAUAUAUUCGCAUUUGAAGGAUCCAUUUUCUCAAAAGUGCUACCAGUUUGCCACAAAAUGUUAAGAGAUAUCAAUUGCCAGGAUAUACUAGGAGCAAGGAUAUUUUAUCAGUCAUCUGAACCGCAGAAGAAUCUCGUUCUCCAGGAUCUGAAACAAUUUGGCUACAGCACUCCUUCGCGAAAUUAUCUUUCAGCGGAAGAGUGUGAGGCAAUGUUCAAUAAAUUGGCUUUGCUUCAUGCAACCACGUUCAAAAUGCAUGCAGAUGGAAACACAGAUGUGAGUAAAUUCAAAGGAGUUUUCUUGAACAUGCCCGACAUAGAAGACGUUUUCCUAUUCGCCAAUGCAAAAGAUCUUCUAGCUGAAGUAAUGAAAGAUAUUCCUGGUCUGGAAGAGUACUCUCCGAAAUUAAAAGCAUUAUCCAAUAAGGCGCUCAUAGAUAAAUGCAUUCAAGUCAUCAAUGAGCCAGGAUCAUACAAUGUCCUAAAUCACGGUGACUUGUAUGCUAAAAAUAUGAUGGUAAAAACGACGGAGAAUGGAAGCGACAUUGUUUUUGUUGAUUACCAACUAUGUCACUGGGGCUCGCCUGCCGUCGACGUUGCAUACAUAGCAAGUGAAAUCCCUCCUAGAAAUCGUACUGACGCCAUACGACACUAUUUUGAUGUUUUCACCAGGACAUUACAGAAACUAGGAUACCAGGGAGAGACUCCAACAUUUGCACAACUUGAAACAGAUCUAAAGCGAAGACAAUCUUUAGAGCUAUAUGUACUCAUUGUAUCCGCUCCAUUUAUGGCUGUCGACGAAACAUCCACUAACACUGAAGGCAUGGAUAUAGAUACUUUCAUGGCGGAUCGCAAUUUCAUAAUCCAGUCAUUCAAGGACGAACAAUUUGUUGCAUUGUUAAAAGAUUUAAUGCCUAUUUAUUUGGAGGAAGGUUAUUUUGAUCAUUUACUUUGAUAACGAUAUAGACUCUGUGCCAAAAUAUAUUUUUUUUACUUUACAAAUGAGGAUUCCGCUAAAAGAAGCGAAGUACUAACCAAAAUUUAUUACAA